GUUUACAAAUUGUUCUACGCGGAUUCGGUUGUGUGGUCGUUAAAAAUAAGUAAUAUAAUAAGAAAAAGUGAAAAAUAGUGAAUUUUUGUGGCAAAUAAAAAUUAAGAGAAAAAAGAAUCCGACACACACACACGUAUUGAACCAAUGUAGUGAAGAAAAAAUCAUUAAAAUUGAAAGAAGAAAUUUUUUAAAUAUUGAAAAUACAAAAAAAGAUAAAAUGCUAAAUGUUUUUUUAAAGAAAAUCAAUAGAAAUCUAAAUAAAAAAUAUUUAAAUAAUUUUAGUUUUUAAGUGAAGUUGUGCUGUAGUGUAAGAAGAAUUAAACAAAAAUUAAACGCAAUAUAAAAUUUUUUCAUACUUGCUAAAAGAGGAGUGUGUGUAUUGAAGAAGAAGAGGAAUAAAAAACAGCCCGUAGAAGAAGUGGACGACAAAAAAGUCAGCAACCUUUUAGACAUACAGAGAGGGCAAGAAGUAAGAAGGUAAUUUAAAAAAAUAACAUUUGCUGAAUUUUAAAAAGAAAACGCUUUAAAUGUAGACUAAUAACAUUGAAAAAAUAACCAAAGAUAAUUUGAUAAACGAAAGAAAAUUUUACUUAAAUUAUAAAGGAUUUAUUAUAAUUGAGAGGCCUUUUUUUAAUAUUCUCAUACAACACUAAACGUACACUUGCAGCUUAAUAAGAAGUAAACACAACAGCAAUAAUAACAUUGUGAAAGUAAACAUAAAUGGUUUCUACUUUCAUAGGACUUUUGGAUAUACAAUCAUGGUGGGAGAUACCGUGUAUUUCACAUUUUUGUUCAUUGUUUAGUUCAGCAUUUGAUUUGCCAGAUAUAGAUAUUGAGGAUUUAGAAUCCGCUUUAUUAUCCGAUGGUACAACAACAGAUGAUGAACAUCAUAUUGCUUUAGUGCCUGAACUUAUUGUACGCUUAUUAAAAGGUUGCGAUGCUUUACAUUCGGUAGCAAAAGAAAUAACCCAUAGUAAUUAUCAAAUGUUUUUAAGGCGUUUCCUACGCCAACAGUGUCGUCUUCAUAAUACCGAAAAUCAUUUCGAUACCGAUAUUGAUUUUCAAUCUUUACCCGUACGCAAACGUCUUCUUAUUCUCUACGAUCUCUGUCAUUUUCGCCUCGAUUCGGCCGAUGUACAAGUGAUUUUAAAUAAUUUAGAAUCGGACAGUUUACGUGUCGAGCCGUUGGGUUACGAUUCGAAAAAUUCUGGCUAUUGGUAUUUUUACGGUACACGUUUAUAUCGUGAAGAUAAACCAGCCGCUUCAAAUAGUUUCAAAUCGAAUUCGGUUUGGCAAGUGAUCUGUUUCACCGAAGAGGAUUGGCAAAAUUUGGCAACGAAAUUUAAGGCAUCUACGAAUGCCAAAGAAAAGGAACUCUAUCAGAUAUUAGAUGAAAAUUUUCUACCAAAGUUGCCGCAAUUAUUUCGUGAACGUGAACGGUUAAGGAGGAGAAAACUCUUUCAAGUUCGCAAUUCCAGUCGUAUUCGUAAUCUGGUCGAGUUGAAAGCUCGUCAAGAACAAGAACGUCAAGAACGCCAGCAAAGAGAACGUCAACGUUAUCCUUUCGAACAACCGCAACCUACUAAAACAUCACUGUUGCCUCUAACAUCUUCUUCAACUGCAACAGCUGCAGCAACCACAACAGCAGCAACAAGCUCUCAAACUAGAGCACGCAGAUGCUCGCAAUCCACCUCAACUGCUAGUGGCAUUUCGACCUAUGCCAGUUCUUUAAGACGCACUAUAACCACUAAUUCAAGUGAUUUUUUGGGACAUCGUGAGACCUUCUGUCUAACACCCGAAGACGAGGACGAAGAGGAAGAAGAAGACGAAGAGGCCGAAGAAGAACUAGAUAACGAAUAUCGACAAAAUCGCAAUUAUCAACAAGAACGUGAUUACGUUUUAGAAGAUCAUCACAAAAGACCAAUAGACGAUACAUCUACGUUAUUGACCGAUGAACAUUUAAAUCUUUUAAAAAAUAUCAAAUUAGAACCGGCUGACAAUUUAGACGAAGCGGCGCCAGUAACAGAGGAAGACGAAGACGGGGAUAUCGAACAAAACAUAUUAAUAAAUAAAUAUAAAGCUUUACAACAAAAUCAUAAAAAUAAUCAAAAUAAAGACGACAACAAUACAACAAUAGCAACAACAGUUACAGCCGAUAGAAGAACUCAAAUAGUCGAAGUAGUUGAACAAGAAGAAAACGACGAAAAACUUGUAGAGGAAUUAAAUCAAAACAAAACAAAUAGAAAAUCUCAUCACCACCACCAUCAUCAUCAUAAAAAGAAAAAAUCACAGAAAAAACAAAAGAAAAAAUCUAAAGAACAUCGCAGGAAACACAAACACGCAGAUAAACAUCAAAACGAGCUAAUAACAGCAGAGACAACAACAACAACUCAACCACAACAACAAGAAACAGAAAUAAAUCAGCAACAACAACAAUCUCAAACACAACCGCAACAACAGCAGCAUCAGCCGCAAUCUCAAGAUAAACAACAAUUGCUCACACGUUCUUCUACUUCUACUAAACAUACAAAAUAUCCUACAAUCGAUGAAGAAGAACCAGUAUUAAGUCCAGAAGAUAAGGAAAAUUUCUGUCGUGCUAUCGGUGUAGUGCCCACAGAAAGUCUUUUACAUUUACACAACAACAAUAAUCAACACAAUAAUACUAUUGCUAACGAUUUGGAAACAACUGGACAGGAGCAUCAUCAUCAUAAUCAUCACCACCACCACAACAACAACAACAACAACCAUAUCGAUUUGCAAUUAAAUUCUGCCGUUGUAAAUAUAAAAAAAGAAAAAGAUUGUACGGUCGUAGUUUAUGAUAUGGCACCAGCUACAAAUAUGAAAUUGCCGGGACGUCAAACUAAUAAUUCUCUCUCUUCAUUAACGGGUAAUAUUUUCAUACCAACUACUUUACAAGAUUCCACUACAGCCACCUCAACUUCAGCUACAUCAUCUUCCACUUCAACGGGUGCCACAACAACAGCCACAACACACCACCAACAACAACAAUCCCUCAAAGAUACAAAUAAAACAAAAAAUUCCACAAUGGCAAAUAGAAAACAAAAAUCCACGGAUAGUCAUACAAAUUCUGGGGGAAAACAAGCAGGUGGCCCUAAAAAGAAGAACUCAAGUACAGCCUCUUCGGUAAAGCAAGAAGCGGCAAGUGAUCGUGAUGAUUUAACAAUGACCAAGUCAAAUUCAAAUUCAUCACAAAAUUCGGAAAAAAGUGCUGAUGAAAAUGUAAUAUGUAGCAACAACAGCAACCAGUAUCAACCGAAACAACAACAAGACCAAGAACAACAACACUAUGUCACGAUCAAUAAUCAUAAUAACAACAGUAACAAUAAUAAUAAUAAUAAUAAUAAUAAUAAUAAAAAUAAUAAUAAGAAUAAAAAUGUCAAUGAAACAACAACUACAGUUGCCGCUAUACCACCAACCAAACGUUAUUUAAAACAUAAUACUAACAAUCACACUUACAACAACAACAGCACUACUACUAUCACUUCUCCCACUAGUACUACCAAUCACAAAAACAACAACACUACCUCUAAUGAUAAUUAUUUCCAUAAUAAUACUAAUAAUAAUGCACAUUUUUCCCAACACAAUCACCAAAACCAAAUCCAACACCAUCACAACCACAAUUCCUCUACAACUAUAUCCUCUGAUUCUUAUGUACAUAAAAAAUCAUCAACCUCUUAUCAUAAAUAUCAAAAACAACAACAACAACAUCACAAUCUAAAUCAUCACAACCAUAUGCCACCACCACAACCAACAACAAAAUCAUCAACAUCCCAUCACCACCAACAUAAUACUUUCUACAACAAUUAUUGUUUGAACAAAAAAUCCAUCACACCAAAUGUUCUUAGCUUUACCGAAACCGAAGAAGUUCUACAAAUUGGUAUGCACAAGGUACUGGUCUAUGUUAAGAAUCAUCGUGACGCUUGGCCAUUUAUGGAUCCAGUAGAGGAAGAUAUUGCACCCAGAUAUUAUUCCAUUAUAAGAAGACCUAUGGAUCUUUUGAAAAUGGAAGAUAAACUUGAUAACGGUGAAUAUCAGAAAUUCAGUGAUUUCCGUAAUGAUUUCAAAUUAAUUGUUAACAAUUGUCGUUUAUAUAAUGGCAAUGACAAUGAAUAUACCGAAAUGGUGAAUAAACUGCAAGAAGCCUUUGACAAAGCCACCAAAAAAUAUUUCGAUCAUUUGUCCGAUGACGACGAAGAUGAUCCGAAUUUAAGUUAUCCGGCGGCCGAUGCAAAAAUGAAUGUUUUCCGUGAGAAAUAUUUCAAUAAAAAGGCUAAAGAUAAAGAAAAUCAAGAAAUGGCCAAUAAGAAAAGCAACAACCACAAAUCCGCAGAUAAAAAGAAACAUGGCAAGAAAGAUAAAACAAAAGAGACCAUGAUGACUAGCGAUGAGGAGGAGAAUAUCGCUGGUGUUGGCAAAGAGAGUGAAGAUGAUGAGAAACUAGAUGAAGAGGAAAGUGAUCAUAAGAGCUCUAAUGCCAAAAGGAAACGUAAAGAUAAGGAUAAAAAACGUAAGAGAAAAUCAAAAACACAGCGUAAAGAUGAUAGACAGAGUGAGGAGGAAGAUCAGUAUGAAUUUAAAGAUGAUGACGAAGAUUUUGAAGACAUACAGGAUUUGGAAGAGAGUAGAAACUCUUCGAAAAAGUCCAAAACUUAUAAGGACUCUUCUACGAAGAAGGAUAAGAAAUCGAAACAUGAUAAGAAAAAUUCUAAAUCAAAUGCCAAAUCUAAAAAGUCAUCAAAAAAGUCGACUAAAUCUAAGCAAAAAGCUGAAGAGGAAGAUAUGGAUUUAACCGAAGAAGAGGAAGAUUUCAUAAAUGCCGAAUCUGAAGAAGAGCCAGAUGAUGAAGAUGAUGAGAAUUUUGAAUUAAAGUCUACGAAAAAAGGAAAAUCAAAAGCAAAAGACAGUAAAGCAGGAAAAACUGCAAAUCAAAAGAAAAAAGCAGCGGCUAAAAAGAAAAAAGACAAUUCCAAAAGUAAAACAAAAACGAAAGAUGCCACAAAAGCAGGAGGUAAAUAUAAAUCGAAAGCCGAAAUCUCAGAAUCCGAACAGGAAGACUCCAACUCGGAAGUAGACGAAGAAAAAGAUCUAAAAUCUGAGCCUGAAGAACCCGAAGAAGAUCCACCACCACCUCCCACACCCACGAAGGCUCCAAACAAGAGAAAAACCUCACUUUUAACUAAUAAGGAUUUGCCACCACCCGCUAUAGCUGCCUUAAAUGCUUCUGCCUCGGAAUUGGAAGAAGAUAUACUAGAUGAGGAUAGUCGCAGCAUGUCGCCCUUCAAAGUAGAUUUACACAAAAAAUACUCAAAAAGUGCCCUUAACGAAGAUCUCUCUGAACUUUUGACAACCGUAAAGAAAGUGCAAAGCACUUCUUUAAACAAUUUGCAACCGCAAACAACAACUGAAUCCGAUAAUGAAGAUUUAAAAUCCACUUCUAGUCAUACAACCGAGGAAUCUAGAGAACCCUCACCCGAACCUGUGAAAAAGAAAGCCACACCAAAAAAUAAUAAAAACAAUAAAAAGGAAAAAGAAAACAAACGUAAAAGAUCGACAUCUUCAUCAUCCACCGCCAACACGACAACAACAACAUCAAGUGAUAAGAAAAAACUUACAGAAAAAGAGAAAGCGGCUGCUGCAGCAGCUGCCGAACAGGCUGAAUUGGAAAUGUUGCUGCCUUUCUUGGAUAAAUACGAACUCAUAAAAUACCGCCGUAGCAGAGCUUUACUCAAUCAACAAAAUUUGGCUGCCGAAACAAAAACGACUACUAAAACUCAGAGCUCUAGAAAACGAGACUCAUCUAGUAAGACAGUUUCAGAAGCCUCCGAUAAAACCCCAGAAAAACCGGCUACAGAAACAACAAAAGGUAGAAAAUCGCGUGAUAAUAAAAAAGCUAAAAAGAAUUUGGAAAAAGCUUUGGAAGUACCCGAAACCAAACCAGAACCCGAAAGAAUUUUGGAGGAGCCAAAGCAAGAGACAAAGAAAUCUACUGAAAUAGAAAAACCCUUAGAAAAGCCAGCAGAACCUGAGGAUGUAAUAAUGGCCGAAGAAGAGCCAGAAGAUGAGGAAAAAUCAUUUAAAUUGCCACCAACAGCAGUGCCUGCGUUAAAAGAGAAAAAAUCUGUUGCGAUUGAUAAGUUACCACCAAAAAAGAAAGAAAAAUUAAAAGCGGCUUUAAUAGAAGACUCGCCACCUCUCUCACCGUUGGCCACCACACCACAAUCUGUGGCCAUUUGUGAGGUUAUAAAAGAAAUUGUGGAAAUUAAAGAACCGCCUAGAGUUGAAGAAAAGGAAAAAGAAAAAGAAAAAGAGAAGCCACAAGCUCCUCCGCCACCCAAAAAGGCUUUGCAGAAAAAAGCUACCGCGAAUCAAAAUAACAAUAAAAAAUCAACUAAAAACAAUGCGGCAAACAAUUUAAAUAAUCAAAAGCCAUCUGCCAAUAAUAAUUCUGCUAAUCUAGAAGCUCUGGAUGUGGAAACUGAACAGACUCUUAAAGAUAUCAAUCGCUGGCUGGAACAUACACCUAGAUUCUCUGAAUUCUCAUCCGCCUCUAAUUCACCUUCUCGCUAUAUGAUGGAUGAUUUUGAUCCGGCCAUAACUGCUAAAUUGGAUGGUCCAAAUCCCAAAGAUGACUUAAUGCCAGUAAAACUACAAGAGGCCUUUGAUGAACUAGUGGCGGAUAAUAAUUCCUCAUCAGACUCGAACUUACCAAAGAAAGACAUUAUAAGUGAAUUGCUGCCAGUAGCAGCUGCAGCUAGACUUAACACCUCACCACCUCAUUCAACUACUUCAGGCAAUUCAGUGGGCAGUACUUCGGUCAAUGCCUCCUCGAAUUCAUCCACAAUAAAUGCGCCUUCUAUUGCUUCCUUAAGUUCGGUAGCUGUAGCGAAUACUCCUCUACUCAUACCUCCACCUACAACAAUAGCUCCUUCUUUGACAACGGUUACUAUGCCCAAGCCAAAGGAACCCACCACCACCCAACUUUUGUUACAUCCUCCGCCACCGCCUCACAUCAAAAAACAAAUGGCAAAGGAGGACAAGAGAAAGUCCUUGAAAGAAAAGCUGCAAGCGGCCUCGAAUACCAGAAGAAAAGAUAAUUUAUUGCGCACUAUUGAUCGCUUACAACCCGGCAAGGCUAAGGGAAAUCUUAUACAAAAUGUCAACAAACCAGAUGAACUGUUUCCCUUGGGACCAGUGGCAGCUAAAACUAAAGAAAUUAAAAAUUCUUUAAUAGUGGAAACUGCAGACAAUGUGCCAAAAUUAAGUUUGGGCACUGUUAUAAAAACUGACGAUUUUGCUAUGGGAUCGACGCCUUCGUUCAUAGAUGAAUUGGCUUCGAAGACGGUAAAUAAAGCCGCAUUAAGUCCAGCUUUGAAUAGUGAAAAAGAAAAGGAAUUGGAAGAGAAAUCGAAACCAAAAGAAAACGUGUUGGAAGGUUUAUUGCCAUUCCCAAAAAUUGGCUCCUCAUUAACUAGUUCAACACAUUUGCUAACAAACGAAGAAAAAGACAAGAAGUUAGAGGAAGAUAUGAAGUCCACUUCGUCAGCUGAAAAGCCGAGACCUUUUGAGACAUUAACAGCAACAUUGUCUGCUUUAAAUGCAACAACUUUAACCUCUGCAAACUCUCCCGCAACAGUGAAUGAAAAAGCAGUUGAUUCAAAUAAUAGCGCUUCUACAGCGGUAGCUGAUGCUGCUAAGGAAAAACCUAACUUAAGUGCGUGGUUUAAAGCUUUUGGCGCACCUAAAAAGGCAAAAAAAUCAGAGGAAGAAGAAAAGCAACAGCAAGCCGCGGAAAGUAAUGAAAACUCCUCGGAGAAGUCCCAAGAAAAAAGCUCGUUGUCUUCUGUUUCAAAUAAUGCUACAGCUGCCAAAAGUCCCACUUCUAGCUCUUUAAUAGGAGAAACUUUUUCACUGCCCUCUGCACCCAGACAACGCAAAGCCAGCACUGGAAGCACUAUAUCAGAACGUUCAAGUUUUUCACAGGAUCCUGAUUCACCACGCAUAACUAUAGAGGAUCGUUAUGGCUCCUACAAUGCCGGGUCUUAUACUUCACCAAUUGGUGCUUCACCUAUUGGAGCCUCGCCUAUAAUGGUCUCACCAAAACCGGACGACAUAACCAAACCGGCCUCUCCUUAUCCCUUAAAUGGCACGAUUAAAGUUAAUUUCUAUCAGGACACCACCACCAAGAGUAGUCCCGAUAAAAGUUGUAGUCCCAGAGAAAUGCCUUCUCCCUAUCCUCAGUACUCGCAGCACAUAUACUCCUCUGCAUCUUCACCAAAUGUUUCGACGCCCGAGUUAAGUGGUACUUCUCCUUAUGGGGGAGCGAAUAGCUACAAUCCAUCUGGUUCGGAAGCCUCUAAGACACCAGUAUACUCUUCUACUUCGCCUUUGCCAAAUCUAUAUGAUCAAUAUAAACAACCCAAAUCACAAGAGUCGGAUUAUAAUAGUUCUAUGAGUCCAAGUACGCCCAAUCCCCACUCACCUUACCAGCAACCGCAAAAUUCUCCCUAUACCACGCCUCAUACUACACCACAGCCUCAUCAAAGUCCCUAUCAUCCACCGAAUUCUCCAUAUCAACAGCCGCAACAGUCGCCUUAUACAACCGCCAAUCAUGCCCAUAGUCCGGCGGCUCAUACACCUGUUGUCGGAUCGGCAGCCUCCAGUGUUCACUCUCCUUUGAAUCAGCAGCAACACAGUCCUUUGGCCUGCAUUGACUCGCCAGCCUCAUCAGCAGCCACACAACCGCCCACUCCUCUGGCGAACUCUCCAGCCGAACAGCCACAGCAACAUUCACCAUAUCAACAACCAGUUAUGUCACCCUAUCAACAGCAACCUCCUAGUGUGGGAUCUCAACAGCAGCAGCAACAACAGCCAAUUAUACCGCAACCCCAACCGCCCACAUACAGUCAGACUUCAUUGUCAAAUACAACGCCAAAUUAUCACAAUACUACUGCGGCUGCCUCUGUAAUGGGUUAUGGAGAGCCUAAUAAGAGUUCCACCACAAAUCCACUACAAACACAAUCUUCCACAUUGGAAGAACAACAACAGAAACAGCAGCAACAAUCUACAGGAAUGUAUUCCUCACAAAUGGCGGAUAAUGCGGGAAAUUUGGGACAAACUAUGAAUGCUAAUAGCAAUUCAUAUGUGCCACCAAUUUCUAAGGUAACACAGCAGUUACAACAGCAACAACAACAACAGCCGCAACAACAUGCUAAAGAAACACAACAACUGCAAGCAAAUGAUACAUUGCACAAUCUUUACAAUCCUUCUCUUUUGAACAACAACAAUAGCAAAACAACAACAGAGACUAAGCCUAAUGAUUGGAGGGAUACAACAAUGACAACGGCAACAAACCAAACUACACAGCAAGGUCAAACACAUCAACGUAACCUUUUAACAAAUCCAACACAACAACAGUCAUUAAUAACAAAACCGUCAUAUCCCACUUACGCCCAAUAUCAAGCAGAGGCUGCCAGUAAACAAUCAGCAGUCACCACCUCAACCAUCGAUGAAUUGAAUCGAGAAAAUAAGACAAGUAAUAAUAGCCUUUCCUCCAAUUCCUCCUCAUCAGCGGCAACGGCAGCCUCAUCUCCGGCUGCACAAAGCUAUAGUAUGCAGGCGAAUACUCCCACUAGUUUGAGUUCUUGUUCGAAUUCCGGUGAUAUGGCUGCAUUUAUGCAACACAUGCAUCAACAGGCACAUGCACAAAAAUCUCAACAUGUUGCAAAUCCUUUAAAACGAGCAGGGGAUGAUCUUUUAGGAAUGGAUUAUAGUGGGGGAACUGCUAGGAAAAUGCAGAAAUGUGAUGAGACACAAGCAACACAACAGCAGCAACAACAUGUUCAACAACAACAGCAGCAAAUAACACAACAAAAUAAAGUUGCAGCACAGCAAAAUAAUCAACAACAUCAACCUUCUCAACAGCAGCAACAAUCUACACUUUCGGCUUUGUUAAGUCAAGCGCCACAACAAACUCAACAACAACAACAGCAGCAACAGUUGCAGCAAUCCCAGCAGCAAAUGCAACAACAAUCAACACAGUCCCAACAACAACAACAAACUCAAACUGUAACAUCCCAACAAGACCAACAACAACAACAGCAACAAUUGAGUAAAUAUUCUCAAAUGUUCGAUUCAUUCUUGGGCUCAAUGGCAUUUGGCAAACAAUUGGGUAAUAUAGCACCUGAAAAAGCCUUUGCCAUGUACAAUCAUGCUGCUUCUCUGGGUUUCCCUAAAGACUAUACCAAAGAUACACAAGCGUGUCAAAUGCAACAGCAACAACAAACGUCGCAGCAGCAGCAACAACAGGCGCAGCAACAGACUCAUAAGACCCUGCAGCAGGAACAAAAUAAACAUUUGGCGGCACAUUUAAUGCAACAACACCAACAACCACAGCAGGCUGCAGCAGAACAACAGCAACAGUCGUCGUCUCUACAACAAAAUCAAACUAUGCAACAGCAGCAUCAAAAUAAAUCAACUUUAGAUAUGUUAAAUAAAAACCCCAUGGGUUAUGCAACGUCAAGUGCUUCAGCCAGUAGCAAUAUAAUGCAGCAACAUAAUCAACAGCAGCAGCAACAAAAAUCGAGCGAAUCCUCCCUACAACAACCUUUAAAUAUGUCUAAUACAGACAACACCUACAUGGCACAUCAACAACAUCAUACAAUGCACUCACAACAACAACAGCAGCAGCAACAGCAUAGUUUAUACAAUAGUAAUGCAAGUAAAUUAGCACAAAGCUCACAACAGCAACAAACAACACAACAGCAGCAACAUCAUCAGCUGAGCCAUAAUUAUGGUCAACAACAACAUCAGACACAAAACCAAAAACACUCUACCACAGCAAACGAUAAAAACUCAGCUACUACCGCCAACAACAACUCUUCUGUAAACACUCAUGAGUCUUCUACAUCUUCAAAUUCGGUGUCGGCCUCCAAUAAUCCUUUACUAAAUGCCAUGACAGCCUCCCAUCAUCUUACGCAUACACAUCAUUUGUCGGCCUAUAACAAACCCACACCACCACCUCCUCCAGCGCAAACCUACAAUAAUCCUGCAGCUUCUCUUUUACACCCCUUGGGAGAUCCCUCUUUAAUGGGUCUUACCGGACAAUCGGCGGCCAGUAAUUAUUAUGAUAAAACUAUGCCACCAGCUGCUCACACAUACAAUUCAGCAACAGCAGCGUCUACAGCCUCCAAAGGACUUACCUCAGCAGCCUCACAACUUUAUUUGAAUUCUAUGCAAUCGGCGGGUAAUGCGUCCAGUGCAGCGGGUGCCAGUAUUUAUGGUAAUCCACAUCAAAUGCCCUCUGCCUCUAGUUAUUUACACAAUUUGGCGGGUAAUAACGCGCAGUCCAAUGCUGCAGCACAACAAGCCCAACAACAGCAACAACAACAUACACAACAUGUAGAGCCUCAAAAGCCAGCACCCGCUAAAAGAGGACGCAAGAAGAAAGCCUCUACUAUAGCAGCGGAACAGGCAGCCGCCGCAGCUAAAGCUCAGCAACAACAGGCUCAACAACAAGCCCAGCAACAGGCCCAACAAUUACAGCAACAACAGCAGCAACAGCAACAACAGCAUCAAUCACAACAACAUCAACAUCAUCAAUCCCAAGCGGCUCAUCAGCAGCAGCAACAACAACAGCAGCAAUCCCUACACUCCUCACAAUACAAUCCCAAUGCACAAAAUUCCACGGCCUCCGCUACGGCCCAUCAUAUGCAAGCUUUGCAAAGUUUUCAACUUUAUGCCGGCCUCAAAUCGACCGGCGUUGGUUCGCCUCUAUCCACCUCGAAUUCUUCUCAAGCUACUGUGGGAUCACAAAACUCCAGUACAAAUGCCAACAAUAAUUCUUCAUCGACCACCUCAUCUUCGGCUACAUCUGCUUUAGAUGCAGCCGCCAUUUCAUUAAAAACUGCCGCUGGCAUGGUGCCAGGAAGUGCUUUCAACUUUGGUCAUACCGCCAGUACUUUGGGUUUAUAUGGAGAACAAACUGGUUCCAGUUACUUAGAUCAAUUUAGAGAUGCCUCAAAUCCCUAUUAUAUGCCACCUGCACCCGCCCACAGUAGAAGCGCCGCAGCCAAUGAUGCUACAGCUUCAUCAGCGGCUGCAGCAGCCAGUGUUAUGGAUAAAACCCAGGCCGCGUUAAAUCCAGCAGCCACUCCAAAUCCUUAUAGUUUUCUAGCAGCACAUCCCUCAACCAGAGCCUCGCCUUACUUUAUGAAUGCUGCCUCACAAUUGGAUGCUGCCAACUCACAGUUGUAUCAACAAUAUUUACGACAUGAUGACUAUCAUACACGUAUGAUAUUUAAUCCAUCUUCAUUGUUAGGUGGUCCAGCUACUGCUGCAGCAGCAGCUGCUGCGGCUGGUUAUGGUCAACCGCCUCCAUCAGCGUAUAGAUCUUCAUCGUUGGGUAUGCCAAAACCAUAUGAUGCUGCAAAUCCUAGACCAUGGUUCUAGCAGUGCGCCCAAAAUGGGCAACAACAACAACAGCAGCAACAACAACAAUCAACAUCCUUAGAUGCGGAAUCUACAGCUGAUCAAAUGAAUAAUAUGAUGACAACACAACAACAGCAACAGCAAGAUAAUAGUGCACAUGCUCAUCAUAAUUCUCAUCAAAACAAUCAAUUACAUUAAAGUAAUGUUGAGGAUUUCAACGCUGGUCGUGGGAAUAUUUUCUAUAUAAUUAAAACAUUCACACAUAUACAUACAUAUACAUAUAUAUUUUUUUGUUUUGCAUAAUUUUGUUAAUUAUGUUUUUAAUUUUAUUAAAAUAUAUUUGAAACAAAUAUUAAUUAACAUUCUUCAUCAUUAUUGCUGUUAUUGUUUAAACGCCAAAAAAAACCAACCAACCGCCUUUUACUAGACAAAUUACAAUAAAAACUAAAAGUUUUUUUCUUUUGUUCACUGUUACAACUGAGUUAUAGAAAUCAUGUAAAUUAUAAAUAUAUAUUUUUCUUUAGGUUUCAUUAGAAUUACAAGAAAAAUUAUAAAUUUUCAAAUACUAAAAGUAAAAUUAAACAUUUUCAAUAUUGUUUUGUUUGUUUUUUUUUAAUUAUUUAAUAUUUCCAAGUGCAAUUUUUGAACUGAAAUUCAAAUUUAUUUCUUUGUUUUGUUUUAUUAUUAACUUUACUAUACAAUAGCUCAUAAUGACUUUAACACACAGUUACAUACAAAUACAUAUAUACAUACAUAUAUAGGAUUUUAUUAUUUCUUUUUUAAAUAAAGAAACAAAAAAAUAUUUAACAUUAAACUUACGAACUAAACAUUACAAAAAAAAAAAAAGAAAACUUUAAAAUUUCAUUAAAACAAAUAUUUAAAGUUCAAAAUCUAACAUUUUCAACUCAUUAGCUAAGAAGACAAAUACAAAAA